AAUUGGAGACUGAGGAGCCGGUACGGUCUGAAUGGCUGUCUCCACAGUCACUGGAGGAAGUUUUCAUGCAGCGAACACCAGAACAAGGCAUGGCUGGGAAGCCUUUCCGGGCCACCUAUAUCUGGGGCAGCAUCAUCUCCAAUCUCCACACUCAUGUGGAGGUCAAGCGCCGGCGCCACAACCUGAAAUCCUACCAUGACUGCUUCCUGGGCUCCGAGGCCGUAGACGUGGUGUUGGCACACAUAACCUUGAACCGUUUCUUUGGUGACGAGGCGGUGCCUCGCUACAAGGCCGUCCGUCUCUGUCAGGCCCUGAUGGACUCGAGGGUGUUUGAGCCAGUGGGCAUUAAAGUAUUUGGGAAGGAAAAGAAGCGGGCCACAUUUGAAGACAGCAGUUGCAGUUUGUACAGGUUCCUGAGCCCAACAACAAGCCCCUCAUCUCUGACCAACACCAAGUCCCACUCCACUAGUACCAUCGAGAGCGGCUAUGACUCACCAAGCAUGAACAGGAACAAGAACAGCCACAGUCCGUCACGUGAAAGACAAGAGGUGCUGAGCUACUCCACCCACUCCCCUGUAAAAACAGACAAAUCACUGGAGGACGUGCUGAGAAAUCUCAACCUGAGCUCGACCAUCACCCCUCAGAUGAUCAACCUCGGCCUCUCACAAGAGCUUGUAGAUGAGGUGUGGCACCAGCAGGCAGUGUUCAGGCUACUGCAGCUGAUAGAGCUCCCUUUGUUGGAGCACUUGUUGGAGGGGAAGGACGCCUCGCGGCCUCCCUUGCACAGCAUGGACAGUGACCCGGACCUGUUGUAUACAUCAAGCUACCUAGACAGAGAAGUUCUCAAGGCCUUCAGUGAGGCACAGGCUGAUGAGUGGAUGUCAGGAGCAGUGGACUGUUUGGAGUUUCUGCCUGAUGAACUAGUGGUGGAGGUCAGUCGAGGUUUGGCUGGCUGCACUGACGACCUGCUCCAGUGUAAGAAGCUGCUCUACGGGGUCCUGGCUCAGCAUUAUGGACAAGCAGAACAGCCACCUCUGCUCAGCAACCAUGUCUUCGACAUACACUCUGGCAUUUCGGAGCUACUCGUUAACGGGAAGCAAGAGCAAGCUCUGGAGGCUCUGCAGCUGAGCCUGAAGCUGCAGGACUCUCGUAGCAGGGAGGAGCUGCGCAGGCUCCUGAGAUUCAUGGCCAUUGCUGCCAAACCACAGGAGGUCAAACUGCACACAGAGAUCGAGAACAGAAUGGCAGUGAAAAGGUCUUUCUCAAGCGCCAUCAUCUACAGCAGAAGACUCUCCAAAGGAAAAGUGGACUUGAUGGUCCUGUUCAUGAUGGAUAACCACUGUGAUCUGUUCAAAAUUCCUGUUUCAUUGCACAAAAUGGUCAGUGACAGAAUAAUGAAUAUCGUGAAAGGGAAGGAUCCAGAUAUGAUAACGGGAUCAACAUACUGCACAAGAGUGAGUGCUAAGGCCUACUCAGAAAAUGCACAAAAAACCACUAAGGAUGAACUCUGGUCCUUACUCCGGACAAUCCACGAGAACCCUAAACUCUCCACCAAAGAAAAGCGACGGCUGCUGGGACAGUUUUACAAAGGCCAUCCGGAGAUUUUUGUUCAGUACUUUGGAAAUCGAUUGUCCACUGUCAACACGUUGCUACAGUGAUAUUUAUCAGCUCAACAAAUUCAUGUAUUAUAAUGUAAAAAGAGGUAAAUAUGAGAACAAACACUAAUAAGAUGUAAAUGAUGUGAAGAUGUGCAGCAUAUGUGGAUUUUAUUUGCUUAUAUGUAAAUAGUUUAGACUACUGAACAAGAAUGUGAAUCGUUAAGUGUAGAAAGUCGUAUUAAGCUCUGAUAUUUAUGGACAUAUUUACUUCUCUUUGUUAGAUAUUUUUUUGGAUGCAGGACACUCACAUUAAAUAUCUUUGUGAAUUUUGUACGUUGCUUUCCCAGAAUGACAAAAUGAACCAGAGUUCAUUGAGAUUUUUUGAUGUUUUCACACUGCAACGCGUCUUGACAACAUUCUUUGUCUGCAGCCAGUGAGGACAAGUCUGCAUAUGACUUCUCAAUGGUUGUAUUCUUUGUGCUUGUGCAACAGAGACAUUGUUAGGAAUAGAGAUGUGUCUGUUCAUGUGGUUUCUCAUAUAUAAUGCGAUGCAUGUACAGCUAUGUCUGAGGAACCCUCAAACGGAAAUUUAAACCUGGAAAUUUGAAAGUCUGAUGUUGUGUUGUAGUAAACAGUCAGUGGCAUUCAUGAAGAUCAGCCCUCUGGGUCUUUGUGUUUGUUGCUACAAAUCAGCAAAACAGAUGUUUGUACAUUUUUUUUUUGUUUGUUUGUUUUUUACUGCAAAACCUUAGCCUCGUUUUAGUGGCAUCUUCAAGGUUCUGUUUCAAACAAGGUUUUUGUGUUCCCUCUAAUCAGCUGGGGAAAUUGCUUCCACAUUUUCAAGUGACAAAAGCAUUCCCAGACUAUGCAUAAACCCAACACAUCUUGUGCAUAUUUUGGCAGGUUUUUACAGGAUUCAUCAGGAAUUGUCCUAAUAUUCAUACAUGUACAUUGGCCCUUUUUCAUGUGUGUAUUCUGAUGAAAAGAGAACAAGUGGCAUCUGGUAUGUCAAGUAAUGUUUCCACAAAACACAUAUAAGAUUCAGUUUUUUUCUGAAUUUCAAAAUAAAUAAAAAACAAUUUUAUUCUGAAUAAGAAUAUGAGACACCCUUUGCUUUACUUUGUGACCAUUCCUACUUGACCCCCACACAAGAUGUGGACAUGUUGUUUUUUUUGUCAAAUACAGAUAUAGUCACCUUUUUAUAGUUAUAUUUGUAAAAUCUAAGGAUGUUUUAUGCUA